ACUGUUACCCUAUUUUAAAAUUAUGGACCCGUAAAACUAAUUAUCACAAAACGAUCUUGAAACCAAAACGACAUAGGUUCAAAGAUGUCACAGAUAUUCAGGAUUUGACAACGCUCUUGUCCGUAACACUGUUAUGAUCGGAGGAUACCAGGCCAGUCGAAUAAUAAGUCAAGAAUGGAGUUCAAAUUUAUAUUUAGACAGUUGCCGAUAUGUUGUGAAACGUUUGUUCUAAACUGGCUAGUAAUUACAGUGGAUGUGUAGCAUAGCAUAUCCAGUUGUGACCUGGUUUAUAUAUGUGACCGAGUGACUUCAGCUAGGGAGUGUCCAGUAAAAGCCAAGAUCACUGUCUGAGAGCUGGAGAUUUAUUCCAUACUAAAGACACGUUUCAAUGCUUUGUAAGCAUUUAUUCAAGGAAUCCAAAACAAAUUGUGACAUGGAACCCAUUGAGAAGAGAAUGGACUUUCGUGCAUAUAGUUAAAGUGGAGAUCGGCAAAUUUUAAAUCAUUGUUUAAUCUUUACUUUAAGUUACAUCUAAGAGAACAUCCAUUUUGGAUAAGAUAGGAAAGAAACAGGUGGUAACUUUGGUCUCGCUAAACCAAAACAGGAAUAUACACCUUAUCAUAUCAAGGAAACUUAUUAAAGUAGACUGUAUGAACAAAUGAUAUCGUCGAGUCGCUAAAGUCUGUUAUGAAGAACGAUGUAUAUUGUACAGCUGUCUUAAUUUGUUUUAUCCUGUCAACGUUUCGAGUACAUGUUGACCGUGCUUAUUUCAAUAGUAAUUUAUCCAACAACAAUAAGAGAUGUCGGAGGUUAGUUGAUAUUUUGUACUAUUACCUUCCAAGCCAAUAAGAGUUUUGUUGACAGGUGCAGCUGGGCAAAUAGGAUAUUCACUCGCCGGGAUGGUUGCUCGUGGUGAUAUGUUCGGACCUGAUCAAGUUAGAGAUGUUCUUUUCUAACAACUGCAGGAAGUUAUCUUACAUCUGUUCGAUCUUGAACAAAUGGUAGAGUCUCUUAAAGGACUUGAAAUGGAACUUCAGGAUUGUGGAUUUCGACUUUUAAAGAGUGUGGUUGUGACACAUAAACCAGAAGUAGCAUUCAAUCAAAUUGAUGCUGCACUUAUGGUUGGGGCUAUGCCUAGGAGAGAAGGGAUGGAGCGUAAAGAUUUGCUUAAUGCUAAUGUGAAAAUUUUCAAGGAGCAAGGGCAGGCUCUGGACAAAUAUGCCAAGAAGACUGUCAAAGUGGUUGUUGUGGGUAAUCCUGCUAACACAAAUGCACUCGCACUGAUGAAGAACGCUCCUUCCAUUCCUAAAGAAAACUUUAGUGCGCUCACAAGACUUGACCACAAUCGUGCUCAGUCAUUUAUAGCUAAACGUUUGGGAGUUCCAUGCGAUUCUGUAAAAAAUUGUAUUAUAUGGGGCAACCACAGCAAUACGCAGUUUGUCGAUGUGAGUCAUGCUGUUGUAAAGCAAGAUGGGAAGGAGAUUCCUGUCGCUACCGCAAUUAAUGAUGAUAACUGGAUAAAAAACGAAUUCCUAAGCGCUAUCCAGAAGCGCGGGGCUGCUGUUAUAGCAGCCAGGAAACUAAGUAGUGCACUGUCUGCUGCUAAGUCUGUCUCAGACCAUAUGCACGACUGGUGGCUUGGAACGAAGGAGGGCGAGUGGGUAUCGAUGUCUGUAAUCAGUGAUGGUUCUUAUGAUGCUCCAAAAGAUGUUAUAUUUAGUUUUCCUGUCCAAAUCAAGAAUGGCAAAUGGACCAUCGUCCAGGGUUUAAAACUUGAUGAGUGGGCCAAAGGCAAGUUCUCCAUAACAGCAGAAGAGCUCAAGGAGGAACGCAUUGCGGCAGGGCUUGAUUAAUGACUUCCUGACUGUUGUUACUGCCAGUAUUCUCACCACUGUAGUAACUACUUUUUGUAGUUCUUGUUAUUGAUCUUACAUUUGCUAAAAUUAUGAUAAUUUUUUGCAUUUCGUUGGUCGUUUUUAAAAGUAGUUCAUAGGUAGAUCACUACCAAGCUCUUUGUAGAAUCAUUGCUUCGACUUAUUUGGGUGUACCGUAAACUGAAAAUAACUAAUCUCAGUAUUUAUACUUCCAACCAUUCUACACACUGUUAUAUAUCUCUAGGAUGAAGAAUACAGUUUUGUAUUAGCUGCUGA